GAGGAGAGCGUUGGCGAGCUCUUUCCCGGCAUCCCAAAUACCCGAGCGCCCCUGAACGCAGCAGCAGGCUGACUGCUGACCGCGUUAAGAUGGCGGACUGUAUACGUGUUCCCCAGCUCUUGCUUUUCUUCUGCGUCUCGUCGCUUUUCCGGCCGAGUCGAGCAGACGCCAACGGCCUGGCCAAAGCGAGGCCCGUCGCCGCCAACCUCCAGAACCUGCCCGGCGGCGCUGGUGCUCUACCGGCCGCCGCCGAGAGGAACCCGGCCCCCGGCGGCGGGGCCUCCGCACCUCGGAAGCGCUCCGGCGGCUGGAAAUUGUCCGAGGAGGCGGUUUGCAGGGACGACCUGACGCGCCUGUGCGCCAAGGAAACGUGGAACAACAACCUGGCGGUGCUCGAGUGUCUCCAGGACAAGAAGGAGGAGACGGAAAUCGCAGCGGAAUGCAGCCACCUGCUGUGGAACUACAAGCUCAACCUGACCACUGACCCCAAGUUUGAGUCCGUGGCUGUGGACGUGUGCAGGGCCACCAUCUCCGAGAUUAAAGAGUGUGCGGCGGAGGAGCUGGGCAAAGGGUACCUGGUAUCGUGCCUGGUGGAACACCGCGGCAACAUCAGCGACUACCAGUGCAAGCAGUACAUCACCAAGAUGACCAGCAUCGUCUUCAGCGACUACCAUCUCAUCUGCGGCUUCACCGACAAGUGCCGUGACGACAUCAACACGCUGCACUGCGGCAGCAUCACCUCGGGAGACAAGGACAUCCACUCGCAAGGCGAGGUGAUAGCGUGCCUGGAGAAGGGCCUGGUGCGCGAGGCCGAGGAGCGGCCGGGGGCGCACCCCAUCAAGGACGAGUGCAAGAAGGCCAUCAUGCGGGUGGCCGAGCUCUCAUCGGACGAUUUCCACCUGGACCGAUAUCUGUACUUCUCCUGCCGGGACGACCGGGAGCGUUUCUGCGAGAGCACGCUGGCGGGCGAGGGUCGCGUCUACAAGUGUCUCUUCAACCACAAGUUUGAGGAGGCCAUGUCGGAAAGGUGUCGCGAGGCGCUGACUACCCGGCAGAAGUUGAUCGCCCAGGACUACAAAGUCAGCUACUCUCUGGCCAAAGCCUGCAAGUCGGACCUGCGCAAGUACCGCUGCAGCGCCGACACCGGCGUGCCCCGUGCCCGCGAGGCGCGACUGUCCUACCUGCUCCUCUGCCUCGAGUCGGCCGUGCAUCGAGGUCGCGUGGUGAGCGGCGAGUGCCAGGGCGAGAUGAUGGACUACCGCCGCAUGCUGAUGGAGGAUUUCUCGCUGAGCCCCGAGAUUGUGCUGCACUGCCGCAGUGAGAUCGAGGGCCACUGCUCGGGUCUGCACCGCAAAGGCCGCACGCUGCACUGCCUCAUGAGGGUGGGCCGCGGCGACGCGGGCGCCGUCGACGCCAACUGCCAGCGAGCGCUCCAGACGCUGAUCCAGGAGGCCGACCCGGGCUCAGACUACCGCAUCGACCGCGCCCUCAACGAAGCCUGCGAGUCGGUCAUCCAGACGGCCUGCAAGCACAUCCGCAACGGAGACCCCAUGAUCCUGUCGUGUCUCAUGGAGCAUCUGUACACGGACAAGAUGGUGGAGGACUGUGAGCACCGCCUGCUGGAGCUGCAGUACUUCAUCGCACGAGACUGGAAGUUGGACCCCAUCUUGUACAGGAAGUGCCAAGGUGACGCGGCACGCCUCUGCCACACGCAUAGCUGGAACGAGACCAGCGAGAUGAUGCCGCCCGGUGCCAUCUUCUCGUGCUUGUAUCGCCACGCCUACCGCUCGGUGGAGCAGGGCCGCCGGCUCCCAAUUGGAGUCACUGACGAAGAAAACACCACUCUGUCGCGGGACUGCAAGGUGGAGGUGCAGAGGAUCCUCCACCAGAGGGCGCUGGACGUCAAGCUGGACCCCGAGCUGCAGAGGCGCUGCAUGACGGAUCUGGGCAAGUGGUGCAGCGAGAAGACUGAGGCGGGACAGGAGCUGGAGUGUCUUCAGGACCACCUGGAGGACCUGGUCCAGGACUGCCGCAACGUGGUGGGAAACCUGACCGAGCUCGAGUCUGAGGACAUCCAGAUCGAGGCGCUGCUGAUGCGAGCCUGCGAACCCGUCAUCCAGGCGCACUGCCACGAGGUGGCGGACAACCAGAUCGACUCCGGAGACCUGAUGGAGUGUCUGGCGCAGAACAAGCACCAGAAGGAAAUGAACGACAAGUGCUCGGUGGGAGUCACUCACUUCCAGCUGAUCCAAGUCAAAGAUUUCCGCUUUUCGUACAAAUUCAAGACGGCCUGCAAGGAGGACGUCCUCAAACUUUGUCCCAACAUCAAGAAGAAGGUGGACGUGGUGACGUGUCUGAGCAGCGCGGUGAGGAACGACACCCUGCAGGACGCCAAGGAGCAGCGCGUGUCAGUCAAGUGUCGCAAGCAGCUGCGCGUGGAGGAGGUGGAGAUGUCUGAGGACAUCCGGCUGGAACCGGAUCUCUACGAGUCGUGCAAGCAGGACAUCAAUCGCCUGUGUCAGAACGUGGCCUUCGGAAACGCACAGGUGAUGGAGUGUCUGAAGGAGAACAAGCGUCAGCUGACUCAGCGAUGUCGCCAGAAGAUCUUCAGACUGCAGGAAGCGGAGAUGGUGGAUCCCGAACUGGACUAUCAGCUCAUGAAGUUCUGCAAGCACAUGAUCAGGCGGUUCUGCACGGAGUCGGACGGCAAGAACGUCCUUCAGUGUCUGAAGCAGAACAAGAACAGCGAGCUGAUGGAUCCCAAGUGCAAGCAGACGAUCACCAAGCGGCAGAUCACGCAGAACACGGACUACAGGCUGAACCCGAUCCUGCGGAAGGCGUGCAAAGCCGACAUUCCCAAGUUCUGCCAGGCCGUUCUCAACUCUGCGCCGGCCGACGGCGAGCUGGAGGGUCGCGUCAUCAGCUGCCUCAAGCUCAAGUACGCUGACCAGCGCCUGUCGUCCGACUGCGAGGACCAGAUCCGGGUCAUCCUGCAGGAGUCGGCGCUGGACUACCGACUGGACCCUCAGCUGCAGCUGCACUGCACUCAGGAGAUCUCGCAAUUGUGUCCCGAAGAGGCGGCGGCGCAGGAGCAGACGGGUCAGGUGGAGGAAUGUCUGAAGGUCAACCUGCUGAGGAUCACGCAGGAUGCGUGCAAGAAGGAGGUGUUGAACAUGCUGAAGGAGAGCAAGGCGGACAUCUUCGUGGACCCGGUCCUGCACACGGCCUGCGCCCUGGACAUCAAGCACCACUGCGCCGCCAUCCCGCCCGGCAAGGGCCGCCAAAUGUCGUGCCUGAUGGAGGCGCUGCAGGACAAACGUGUGCGUCUGCAGCCCGAGUGCAAGAAAAGACUUCAGGACCGCAUCGACAUGUGGAGCUACGCCGCCAAGGUGGCGCCGGCGGAGGGUUUGUCGGACCUGGCGACGCAGGUGCUGACGUCCCCGUCCAAGAACUACAUCCUGACUGUGACGGGCGCCGGCGUGGCGCUACUCUUCCUGAUGGGCCUGCUGUGCGGAAGGUUCACCAAACGAGUCACCCGGGAGCUGAAGGACAGGUAGACCCCGCCCGCCCACGCCGGGCUCUGGUCACGCCUGCAGGAGGAAUGCCCGCCCCCUCCCUACCCGGAACACUCAAAAGUGGACGUCAACCACUCUUUUAGCCCCGCCCACUGUCAACGAGCCCCCCCCUUUCCUAUUUUCCCUGUGCUGGUCGGGGUGCCGGUCGGUGGGUCAGAGGUGAAGAUGUGAGGGAGCUCAACGUAUAAAUGUAAAUUUAAAAAAAAAAAAAAAAAAAAAAAAAAAAAAAAAGUCACAUGACCUGCUCGCCUGUGGAGCGCCGCGAUGACUCCGCCCCUUAUCGUGUUGAAUUUAUUGCUGUGGGACUGCCAGGUAGGCGGUGCCAAACCAGCGCCCCCCCCCCCACGCAUUCUUGUGUAAUUUGGCUUUUGUUUCUACUUAAGGUGCCCCCACACACACACACACACACACACACGCUUGCAGUGCUUUUGCCCUACACCACACCUGUGCCAUAAACGCAGCACCACACCUGCCAUUUGCUCGGCUCACCAGCCGCUGGUGUCGCCGUGUUUCCAUCUCGCGUUGCAGUGACGUCACAAAGAUUUUGUCAUAUUGUGACGGUGUGUCCGUGAGGUUGUUUCAGGACUUGACUACCCUGUGAGGUCACAAAGAUGCAAAAUCUUUUUCUUUCUAGUGAAAAACAUCUCAAGACAGUUUUGACUGUUCUCGACAUUUUCAGCAAAACAUGAAGACUUGUCUUAUGGUACAAGAUCUUAAUCUUAUCAAGUCAAUUCCUACUCAUUCCAAAGUUCGCUCUUUUUUUUCUUUCAACAUUUUUCUCACAGCAGUGAUGUCAUUGUGUGGCAUUUGCGCUGUUGUGACUUUAACGCACAGUGAUUCCAUUCUAGUGCUGCAGUUUUCUUCUUUGUCAUGAAAAACGGUCUCUUCGCAAGUGAAGGUUCAAAGAUAUGACAUCAGGAAAAACAGCACUACAGUGAUGUCAUCGUCUUGUGAUGUCAUCACUGCGCAGAUGAGUCGUGAGUUCGGUGGCAAAAGUUGGCCGUCGCUUUGGUGACGUCGCCGUUUAGCUGAUCAGACUUGCUGGUCCACUCCCCCCAAAUGUAUUAUAAGUUGUAAAUUGCGUGGUGUGGCGCUGCUGCCCUCUGUGGGGGAGCUGAGCACAUCGCAGGAAGCAAGACAAAAAAAAAAGAUUUGAUGUAGAGGAGAGGCUGGAAUCAUUGCACAUUUGUCAGUCGUUUUGCCAGGUGUAUAAAACUGUCGCUAGUUAGCUCAGCCUUAUUUAUUUGUAUACGUGGGGCAUGCUCGCCUUCCAACAAAUGUUCUCCGCUCUGAUUGGACGGGAGUUUGUGACGCGGACGUGGCCGCGCUGCGAUUGGCACUUUUUAAGUGACUUGACAUUUGAUUGGCGGCUGGCUGUGAGGAGGUCGCCAUUUUGUUUGUGGGUCAAGUUGUCACGGCGCGCUCAUUUCUGCGUAGGUUUCACCUGGUGGUCAAAGGGUGGGAUUGGACCGCGUGGAACCCGAAGCGAUGACGUCACUGCGCAGUGAUGUCACGCCGUCGCAUCGUGAUGUUGUGGUUUUGUGACCGCGCAAAACCGCAGCAUCUCCGCGCAGACGGUCACCGGACGGUUUUGCGACAUCACUGUGGCGUGUCGGAGGAGUGCGCGGACGUGAGCGCGUGACAGACAACUGAGGCUUUGCGUGAAUGCGGCUUCUUCUUCUGGUUGUCGGGCGAGCAGACGAGCUUUAUUUUGUGUUGAAGAAAAUGUUUUUGUAAAUUUUUUUUUGUUUGUUUUUUUUUUUUUUUUUUUUUUUUGCUUCUGUCCAUUUUUUCUGCUCUUUUUUUGUGUACAGAUAUGAACAUGAGUGGUUUGUUGAUAAUAAAGUCUGCAAGGUUUCUA